AUGGCUGCUCCGGGUACACCGAUCCAGCUCCCAGCAGCAGGAGCUGUGCAGGAGGCAGCCGCCCAGCAGAUGGAGCAGCAGCCGGUCGUUGAUCCACCGCAGCCGGCAAAGCCCAGUGUUACCGAAGUGCCCUCCAAAGACCGUGCGAUCGAGAAGUACGCUGAGUUCCACAAUCUCGAAGCCUCGACUGUCGAGCUAAAGACGGUAGAAGGUUCGACUGAAGGCCUCCAUUACUGGGCGGCCUACGGGCUCGACAUGACAGCGAGGGGAGCCGUCGGGCAAGCCAUCAAUCGAUCCUUUGCCAAGCAUCCGAAGGUCAAGGAACUUUACCGCUGGCUGACGGAUGAUUUGAACAAAAAAUUUAGAACCACGUGGGCCCUCGAGCGUGACUUUCAGAAGGUUUUGCGCAAGCGUGUGAGAAAGCUGACAAGCAAGACUAAGCAGACAGAGAUUGGUAGCUGGAAGAAUCAGCUUCAAUUGCAAAACCAUUUCGGCGGCUCGGAACAUGCUGAAGCCUGCAGACAGGCUGCUCAUUACAUGAAAAUGUGCAAGAUGUUCCCGGACACCUUUGUCGAAUGGAAUGCAUGGGCCGAUGCUGAGAACUACCUUCUCAUCGAACGCUUGUCCAGCAGCUCGACUUCGGAAGAGUGGCAGGAAGUGGUGGAGAUGAUGGACGAGGGCGAAACCUUCGAGCUCGAGAGUGUUCGUUUGAAAGCUCGACGAAAGUAUGCGGCCAGCCACCAGCUGAGUCUCGAGGACGUCUCCUUGGAGGACGUCGUGGUGGAUGAUGGAGCAUCGCAGGCGGCAACAGCGGUCUCAGCCAUGGCCACACCUCAAAGCAAGAGGAAGCGAGAGGAUUCGCCAACCACCGACGAAAAGCCGCCCGGCAAGUCCAAGUCAGGCAAGAAUGGCGGCCACAAGCCGAAACCCAAGGCCAAGAGCUGUGCUUCGAAGAACAACAAGGCUCAGGAGAAGAAAGCCAAGGAGCUCCUUUGCCUCUAUGAGCGUGGCCAGCAGAUCGUGGAUCGGGUGGUGGGAGAAGCAGACCGCUUCCCUUCGGAGUGGUCGUGGUGCAAGCCGUUGCUGGAGGAGUACCGCUCCAAGCAGGAUGAGUUCCAGAAAAGCCUCCACCCAAGUGGAGCGGAGGAUCUUACCGAGUUCAUCAACGAGUUCCGCCUCACCCUCAUUUCCCCGACAGCUUUAAAGGACCUGAAGAAGGCCCAGAAGGACCACUACUAUCGGCUCCUGACGGUUUUCAUCGACCGCUGCAACAGCAUCUGCGAGCAGAGCCACGGCAAUGUCGGCAGCCUCAGCCAUGCCCGCAACCCCGCAAACCGCGAAGAAGAAGAGGAGGGCCUCUGCAGUGAAGGAGGCAUAGUGCUUUAUGGUGAUCGCUUUCAGAUCUCAGUUUUGCACUGUGGUUUUGCCAUCUCAAAGAUGGAUGAACCCGAACAGCCGCUGCUCCCUCAACAGACACGUGCUGGCGAAAACCUGCGAGCUUGCCUGCUAGACCGCUUCACGAUGGGGAGCAUCCCUGGUGCAGAUGUUGCUGAGCUUAGCUUCCACAUCACGGAAGCCGGGGGACGAGGAGUUUCGGACCUAGCGCUUCGCCCGGAGGUCGCAAAGUCACACGGACACCAACACGUUCGUCGUAAUGCUGGAAAAUUCUACCCAGAACCCGAUGUCACUUAUAUCAACACACCACUAUUCAUGAAGCGAGAGACUCGAAGGGUUAACGAAAGGGUUCCUAUGAUGCUGCCAUCGAAGCUGUUUGAGCUGUUCGUUGAGAAGCCAGAGGUCCUAUCAAAAUCCGAAAAGCGGUACGAGUUCUUCAACGGGCUAUCUUGCUUUGAACAACAUCCUGUAGUGUCGCAAGCACGUUCCCAAGGAAUCCCCGUGCGACCGAUUGCAUUGUAUUGGGAUGGAGUGAGAUAUUCCGUUCACGACUCCUUUACCGGGUUCUUCGUGACUGACCUCCUUUCCGAACAGAAGUUCCUAUCAUUCCUGCUCAGUGGCCUCGAUAUGUGUCAAUGCGGAUGCCGUGGCUGGUGUUCCCUGUAUCCGGCUCUAUUGGAAUGGACCCGAGACCUGCAAAAGCUAGCUGCGAGAGACACUGUUCGCUAUGCAGUCUUAGACAUUCAGACAGACUGGCCGGCGUGGCUGGAGGUUGUAGGGGCUCGGUUUUGGAGCCAUGGCAAGUUCCCCUGUCCGUUGUGCAUGAUCAAUCAAGAGCAGCUGUGCCAGCCACACGCCGAGGGGGUAACCGUCGCGAGUAUGCCAUAUGAGUUGUUCACACACGACACGUACGAGGUGACUCUGCGAGAAUUCACAAAGGUAGUUCCAAUCCCCGACGCAGAGACUAUGAGAACUAUCACGAGGCACCUCGAGUACAAGAAAGCAACCCUUGGCAGAGCCCUGGUUUGCGACUUGCCGCAACUUGGCCUCCGCAAAGGUUGGCGGCUGGAGCCGUGCCCAGGUCUGCCUGAUGUUGGACAGUUCGAGUUUACCCCGCUUCCGUUCGAUUGCACGUUUUGGGUUGGUCCGGAAGAUGGUCGUUUGACACACGGUUGUCCACUCUUCGACAUCCCUGGGCUGACGUGGGAAAGUUGGGCCAUAGACAUCAUGCACUCCUGGCAUUUAGGUCCUCUACAACAACUUGUCAGUUUGACACUCCACUUCUGUAUCGGGUCAGGACUAUUCGCUCCCAAGACAAUUCAUCUUAAUGCUUCGGAUCGACAGCAGAUGAGUUUACUCGUGAUUAAGUCGGAGCUUUUCUUGUUUUACCAGCAGCUUCGGGAGUCGGACCCGGAGUGGAAACGCAAAGGUACUGAGGCUGGGAUGGGAUAUUAUGUUGGGCGACCUAAUUAUUAG